CCAAAAUAAUAAUAAAUAAAACAAAAUAAUUAAUAAUAAUAAUAAUUUAGAUCUACCUUGGUCGGUCACAUGAUCCACAACGUGCCCUCACGCUGCCCUCACUGCCCUGACGUGCCCAGACGUGCCCUGCUCGCUAAGCUGCUGGAGACGGCCACUACUAGUCUCGUUAAACCGAAGAAGACCCGAGGGAGUGAACAACUGGUCCGAGAUGCCUCGUAAGGAGAGGAGGUUAAAACAAAAGGAGCUGCGUGAGGCUGCGAAAGGCAGUGGAUCACUCACCAGUUGGAUGACAAAGAGCACAAAAGUUCAAGCAGUCAGCCUUGGCUGCAGCCUCUCUCAGCAAGUAGUCUCCUCCAAACUAUCAGCAGUAUGGCAGUGUCUACACUAUGAGAUCAAUACCGCCCACCUCCAGCAAUAUCAGCAGCAGCAGCCUCCUCACCAACCCCCCCAACAGAAGCUGUUCAAUGUACCCAUGAGCAACUGAUGUGUGGAGAGGAGACUGAGGUCCAGUCCACCCUCUCAGUGCUCUUUUGCUUCAUACUGACAGCCUAGACUAGAGGGAUGGGUGGACAGAGAGCUGCAGAAGUGUUGUUGCAGGUACACUCAAUGUGAGCACUGCUACGAGCACUCUUGAAGGUAGAAGGCAGGUGGUUUAUCCUAUUCCUACAAGUAAGUGAACAUUAUUUUAUUUUCCAUUUACAACUAUUAGAAAUGAAUAGCUAACACUUAUUCAACAUAGGACACCACACCAUUCUCUUGCUAGACACAAGCCACUUGUAAUGGACAUGAUGCUGGAAUGUAGCGUUAUCAUCCUCCAUGGACCAAUAUGAAUGAUAAAGAAAUGUAGUUGGUAGAGUAGUAAUACUCAAAAUAGACAAUGUGAGCAUGUAUUGUUCAUUCCAUUGAACAUAAAAACAUGACCAACUGAACUCCUAACUUGCUUUGAAAUGGCUAAACCCCCGACCCCGACUCAUCUCGCUCAGUGAAUAAGUACCUUAACGACAGUGCGGUGGAGCGACCCUGGACGGAGGUGGAGAGAUGGGUGUUGGUGACAGUGUUGGGGCUGGAAAUGGUGAUGGGGGUGGUGGGCAACUGCCUUGUCCUGCUCAUCAAAGUCAUGGUAGGGCUUGCAGUAAGCAGUACUCUUGUCGCUACUGGGUUCCCUUCCUGAGUCUCACCCUGUCGGACCUAGGGUCCUCUGCGCUCAUCAUGUCUGGCUCCCUGCUGGCCAUGCUGACCGGCGGUCAGACAUCUCCUUGGUGUGAGGUGGUCAGCCUGUUAAAGUUUGCUUUCAUUACCUCCUCUAUUGGAAGCAUAGCCAUCCUGUGUGUGCAGCGCUUGAUGGGCAUGCCACCUAGGGGCAGCGUCUUGUUUGUGGUUCUGGUGCUGACCUGCUUGGCCGCCUGGGUGUCAGGCGUGGUGUUUGGGACUGUCCCUGUGGUCUACGCCUGGAUCAAGUAUCUGUACGACCCCGCUGAGAUGCUGUGUGCAGUGUUCUGGGAGACCAGCUACUCAGACAUGAUGGUGUACAUCCUGUGUGCCUUCUCUGUCUGCAUCUUCCUCCCCGUGCUCCUCAUCUUCUUGGGCUCUUUGAUGACCGCAGCCGGCCUCGUGCCGCGGUGGAACACCUACAACGAGGAGGACGACAUGUCGUUAGUCACGCCACUGCUGGUGGCCUUCUACCUGCUCUGCUACACCCCCUUCGUCGUGUCCGAGCUGAUUCUCCUGGGCAAGCAGGAUCUGUCCCCGGCUCCUUAUUGGCUGAGGACCUUGUCAUCGGUCAUGUCCUACCUGGAUUGUGGGCUGAACCCACUCAUCUACUGCUCUCACCGAGACUUUAGGGAGGCGGGCCUAUCCCUGCUGUGGACCAGUAGAAAGUCCUUCUCAGAUCCCAUUCUCACAGGCAUAACACAGUUAAACCUAUAGGACAUGGCCAGGGGCCUCAGAAUGUGCUUAACGCCUGUCCGGGCCCCCGAAAAAGAAUAUCACCAAACCAAGAAUUUGCAUUAGCUCACAUCUGCCAAUGUAAUAUGCCAAUAGUUUAGUAGCUAUAGUAAACACAUAAGGACAAAAUCAUUAGAUCAUUUUGCGAGGAUGAUUUCAUCAAAAUAUUGAUGCUUUUAAAAACCUCCACUAAAUUCCUGAAACCAUUUAUGUGUAAUAUAUAAUACAUUUUGUGUGACCUGGGGCUAUUCAAUUGUAUUCAUUGUAUUGUUAUUACAUAUAAGUGUGACUAUAGUGUGACAAAUUCAAUGUUAUGUCUUAUUUAACAAUGAAAUCGAUCAAAUACA